AGAGAAAAGUUCAGAAGCAGAGCAUUCUGUCCCUCCUGGAGAGGGUCAUGUUGGGAGGGACAGCUGAGUCUACAAGGUGUCUGAUGACCUGAAGCUGCCUCUGGUCCUUGCAGCAUGAGACUGUUACUAGUGAUCUGUCUCCUGGGAGCUGGAGGAGGGGAGAGCAUGGGGAGCUUCCUCUCAGCGGAGCUGUGGAGAAAAAAUGGCGCAGGGAUGUUCGGAAAGUCACUUCCUAGUACAGUCCCACCUGUGUUUACAGUAGAAAACAGAGAUGCAAUCCUGGACAUUAAUGGAAGACUUUUUCAAGAAAAUGAUCCAGAUAAGAGCAUUGUUAUGGAAGGAGACAUUCUUAAAUCUAAAGGCUUUAGUACGUACAGCCCUCGAACUUUACAGUGGCCGAAGCUCAAUGGUUUUGUGACCAUACCAUAUGUUCUAUCUGCUGACUAUGAACCAGAUCAUAGGAAGAUCAUACAGGACGCAUUUAAUGACUUGGAGAGUGCAACAUGUCUUCGUUUUGUGCCCCGCACCGAUCAGCGAGACUUCAUCUUGAUUGAGCCAGAUUUGGGCUGCUAUGCAGGUAUUGGUCGCACUGGAAAGAAGCAAUUGGUCUCUCUGUCCUUUGAGUGCCUGAAGAAGGGAAAAGGGGUGGUUCUACAUGAACUGAUGCAUGUGGCUGGAUUUUGGCAUGAACACUCUCGAGCAGACCGCGAUCUCUACAUCUAUAUAAACGGGAAAUCCAUAAUGAGUGGGUAUGAGCGGAACUUUUGCAAGUUUGAGACCACAAACAUGCUUGUGAAUUAUGCAUAUGACUCCAUCCUUCAUUACUCCAGCAGAGCAUUCAGCAAGGACGGAAGUGCAACAAUCUUACCCAUUGGUGGCCAUGCCAGCACCGAGAUUGGUCAAAGGGUAAAGCUCAGCAUCUCAGACAUUCUGAGGGUCAACAAAUACUAUUACUGCCCACAAUAUACACCCUCACCUGGUGACCAUGAAAUAUUGACACGUGACUCUCCUCCAGUUGCUUUUGAAUGUCCCCAAGCAACCACAAAUGAAGAGGUGAAACCCAACGAGGGGGUGUUUAGCAAAACUGCUCCGGCUAUCAACCGGACCUACACCAAUAUAUCUGAACUCUCCUCCACCAGUCUGCAAUCCACGGUCAGCCCAACUCGCAUGUUUUCCUACACUGAAAUAUCUAAGCGCCAAACUACAUUGAAUGGAAUCUCUCAAGAAGAAAUUAUGUUUAAUAGAGUUUCUGUUCCUGCCUUAACCUCCAAUACCACACAACCAAUUUCAGAGACAAUUUCAGAGACAAGUAGUCAUAACUUAAGCAGUGGGGAGCCCACACCCUGGUCUACUACAAGCAUGGCUGUGUCCACGGUAUUUGAACAUCAAUCAAGAGUUGGGGAUGUCUGGAAUGCAUCAGAUGAGGUAGUUACUGGCUUUGCUAUAACUGGAGAUUUGGAAGAAACUACACAAUUUAAUCAGUCUGAUAAAUUUGUAAUUGGCUGCUCCGGAAAUCUGAAAAAACACUCUACUACUGCCCGUAUGGGAUGUCAAGAAGAGAUUCCUUCUACAAAAACUAUGUUAGACUUCAUCCAAGAAACACCAAUGCCUGCAUCGGAAAAACAAGAAGAAACCACACUUAGCACCCAAAGUACUAACCAACUACCAAACAAGACUUUCGUAAACCUGGUUAGCACUGAUCCUGUUGCUUCUCCAGCUACUACACCUGAGCUUCAGUUGAGUACCAGAGAAAAGUGGGAUGUACCUAUGAAAAGCAGCACAUAUGCAGAUACUAACAAAGAAAAAAAGGAAAGCAUUGAAAUUAGAACAGCGCAAGGAACCUUUUUGACAACAAAGACGUCUACCAUCACUUCAGUGGUGCCAGCUAUUACUACACAUUUAUUGAGUACUGUGAUAUCGCAGACCUCUGUUAUAGUUUCAAAAGGGACUAAGCAAAAGCUUGAAAAAAAAGACUCUAACACUCAAACUUCUGCAAGCCCGCAAAGCACUCUAGCGCAGACUACCAGGGAAGACCUAUGGAAGCCUUCUGCACAUGUUGCAUAUAAUUAUACAGACGAUCCAGAUUAUGCCAACCUAAGCCGAGAGUUCCUAAAAGUAGUUAUUAAAAGAUCCUUGCCAGAGCCGUUACAUCCUUCAGAAUCAGGGGAAUCCUAUGGCUCUAGUACGAAACGAUAUCAAAGAUGGAUACAUGAAAAUCUACAAACCCAUUCACACACCAACGCAAGAAAGGCUGUAGUGGUCACAUUGGGAAAUAAGGUUAAGCGAAGCAGAAGUGCCUUACACAAUUUGUUUUCCCAAAUAACGGUCUCCGCAUCUCUUCCAACCUUACAUGAAGUUAUUCGGCAAAUGCCAUAUCUGGAAAGGAGUUCAAAAAUGAAGACUAAUUCUGAGUCUGUCUGUGGCUUUGAGCAUGGUUUGUGUGGGUGGAAACAAAGUAUCAAUGAUGAUUUUGACUGGAGUUUGUCUUGGGGAAGUUUAAAUCCUUAUACUGGCUAUUUUAAACCUGGAGGGUUCCAUCUGUCUCUAAAGAGCAGUCCUAAGGACGUAUCCACAGAACAGAAGGCUUUACUUCUGAGUCCUAUAAUUCAACCCUUCAGCUGUAUGUCAUUCUGGUAUGGUUCCCGACACAGUAUUAUGGGCACACUGAAUGUCUACAUCUUAUCUUCCACUGGGGAAAAGACUCUUUUGUGGUCAACUGGAGGGCAAGACGAUGUUGGGUGGACUAAAGCCCAGCUGAAAUUACCACCACAUCCUCACCCCCAUGACCUGCGGGUGGUUGUAGAAGGAAAGAGAAGUCCAUCAAGUGAAAGUAAUACUGUCAUUGAUAACCUGUUUGUUGGGAAGUGCAAAUGACACACAGUAGCUGUGUGUAUGUGCUCCCUUCCAUUUAUCAGUGGAAUAAACACUUAACAG